AUGGAUUUUCUGGAACUUCCUCGAAACGUUGAACAUCAUACGUUUUAUUUAAGUUCAUGUGAAUCAGGCGCUGGUAUCGACACACAUGAUUCAAAUAUAUCAUCAAGACAUUCAUCAUUGUCAUCGAAUUCAUCAUCAUUGAAUGUUGCUUUACCAACACAAACAUCAUCUACUCAUAAAAAUGUUUUUUUAAAUGUACUCAAACGUUUACAUUGUUUAACAUUACGUCGUAAAAAAAAUGGUCGAUAUCGUUCCCUUUCAACAUCAUUACAUCUUUUCUUUAAAAAUCAUCAACAAUUAUCAAACGAUAUGAAUCAAUCAACAAUUGAGUUUUGUAAAUCUCCUUCUAGUCCACAAGUAUCAAUCAUAAGAACAGAUAUUGAAAAUACUCCUUUAUCAAAAAAAAACAAUUAUCAUAGUUGCCAACAAUUAUAUCAUACCGGUGAAAAUAAUAAUAGAAUUGUAAAUAGUAAAACUUAUGAUUGUCAAAAACGAAAAUCAUUUAUUCAAUGUAUUAGAAAUUCUGAUAAGACAGUUAGUGAAGAUAAUAAUACGAAUACAUUAAGUUCAGUUGAUUUAGCUAUAACACCACAAUUAUUUCUACCUACAUUAGUAACAGAAUCAAAUUCAUCAGUUACACCCGUACAACAAUUUACAACUUUCGAUUUAAAAUCUGAUGACAGCAAUAGUGUUGAAAGUGAAAUUGAAAUUACUAAUAUUACAAAAGAAGGAUGUGAACGAGCAGAUACGUCACAAUUUGAACUCUUACAAACACUUGGCGCUGGUUCAUUUGGAAAAGUUUUCCUCGUACGUAAAAUUGUCGGUCCCGAUUCUGCUACCCUCUAUGCUAUGAAAGUACUCACGAAAGCAAGUCUUAAAGUUCGUGAUCGUCAACGAACAAAAAUGGAACGAGAUAUUCUUGCACAAAUUUCACAUCCAUUUAUAGUCAAACUUCAUUAUGCUUUUCAAACUGAGGGCAAAGUUUAUUUAGUCCUUGACUUUUUACGCGGUGGAGAUCUAUUCACACGUUUAUCAAAAGAAGUUAUGUUCACCGAACGUGAUGUACAAUUUUAUUUAGCUGAAUUAGCUUUAGCACUUGAUCAUUUACAUUCACUUGGUAUUGUUUAUCGUGAUUUAAAACCAGAAAAUAUUCUUCUUGAUACUGAUGGUCAUAUUGCAUUGACUGAUUUUGGUCUAUCAAAAGAAUCAGUUCCAACACAAGAUUCAAAAACAUUUUCAUUUUGUGGUACUGUUGAAUAUAUGUCACCUGAAGUUGUUUCACGUAAAGGACAUUCACAUGUUGCUGAUUGGUGGUCAUUUGGUGUACUUGCAUUUGAAAUGAUAACUGGACAUUUACCAUUUCAUGGUGCAAAUAGAAAAGAAACAAUGAAUAUGAUAUUAAAAGCUAAAUUAGCUAUGCCCACAUAUCCAUCAUUAGAAGCUCAAAGUUUAUUAAGAAUGUUAUUUAAACGUAAUCCAGCUAAUCGAUUAGGUGCUGGACCAGAUGGUUUUCGUAAUAUACAAAAUCAUCCAUUUUUUGAAUCAAUUGAUUGGGAUAAAUUAUAUAAAAAACAAAUUGAACCACCCUUUAUACCACCUAUUCAUUCCGAUUUUGCACAUUAUUUUGAUAAAGAAUUUACAUGUAAAACACCAACAGAUUCACCUGGUAUUCCACCAAGUGCUGAGGCUCAUGAAUCAUUCCAUGGUUUUAGUUAUAUUGCGCCAGAAUUGAUACAUGCUCGUCAAAAUGAUUCAACAUAUGCAAAUAAUGUUGACCGACGUUUAAGAUCAAUAGUUGGUGUUAAAUCAACACCAUUUCAAGAUGAAUAUGAUGUAAAAGAAGCUUUAGGACAUGGUAAAACAUCAACAUGUUAUCGUUGUAUACAUCGACAAACAGGUGAAGAAUAUGCUGUUAAAAUAAUAAAAGAUCCAAGUAUAAAUGAUCCAUCUGAUGAAAUUGAAUUAUUAUUUCGUUAUAAUCAAUUACCACAUAUUAUUCGAAUACGUGAUGCAUUUUAUAAUGCACCUACAGUUUAUAUUGUAACAGAAUUAAUGCGUGGUGGUGAAUUAUUUGAUAAAAUUCGUCAAGAAAAAUCUUUGUCUGAACGUGAAAGUGCAAAAGUUAUGUAUGUUAUUAUAAAAACUAUUGAUCAAUUACAUCGAAAUUCAAUCGUACAUCGUGAUCUUCAACCUCGUAAUAUAAUGUAUGUUGAUCCAGGUCGUCAACCAUCCUCAUUACGUAUAGUUGAUUUGGGUUUUGCUAAACAACAACGUGCAGAAAAUGGUUUAUUAAUGACACCAUGUUUUACAAAAGAAUAUGCGGCACCAGAAGUUUUAUCAAGAAAAAAAUAUGAUGAAUCUUGUGAUAUAUGGAGUCUUGGAAUACUUCUAUAUACUCUAUUAGCUGGUAAUACACCAUUUGCAUUCGAUCGUAAUGAUUCACAUGAACUUAUUCUUGCACGAACGGCGAAUAAGUUAUCAUUUACGGGACCAACUUGGGAUCGUGUAACAGAUAAUGCAAAAGCAUUGGUAAGUGCCAUGCUUGAUGUAGAUCCAAAGAAAAGACCAACAGCAUUAGAACUUUGUAAACAUCCAUGGUUUGCUAAUAUGGAUAGCCUUCCGAAUACGAAAUUAAGCAACAUUCAAGAUUAUAAUCUUGUUCGACAUAAUCUUGAUGCUACAUUCAAUGCUAUCAAUACAAAUCCAAAUAAAAAUUUAAAACUUGGUCCGAUAGGUGAAUCAAAUUUAUUUAAACGACGUAAUGAACGAACUGCUCAUCAACAACAAACUGAAAAACAUCAACUAUGGCGUUUACAUAUCAAAAAUAAUGAACAAGUGGCUAGAAUGCUUGAAUUUAGUCGUUUAGCACAUAUACAUGGUAUUAAUUUUUGGUCGGAAGAAUUUCGUAUCAAUGUUCCUAUCGAUGUUAGUGUACCACCUGAAGUUAUUGAUAGUUUUGCUGAAUAUUUAUCAUCAUUUAAUGAUAAAAUUCAAUAUGAUGUUAUUAUGAAAGAUAUUGGUGCAAUUAUUGAUAAACAAAAAUUAUUACAUAAAUUACGUCCAUCAACUGUAAAUGCUGAUGAUUUUGCUUAUGAUAAAUAUCAUACAAUUUAUGAUAUUCAUGCAUGGAUUGAUAAAAUGGUUCAAACUUAUCCAACAUUAGCAUCAACAUUUACUGUUGGUCAAUCAUAUGAAAAACGUGAUAUGAAAGGCUUAAAAAUAUCGUCGAGUAAAUUAACAACUAAACGUGACGGUACACCAAUAAAUAAGAAAAAAGCUGUAUGGUGGGAUGGAGGUAUACAUGCUCGAGAAUGGAUUAGUCCAGCAACAGUUAUUUAUAUUGCUCAUGCACUUUUAUCAAAUUAUAGUACAGAUCCAACGAUAACACAUUUAGUUGAUCAAUUUGAUUAUUAUAUAUUACCUGUAUUUAAUGUUGAUGGUUAUUCAUAUACAUGGACAAAAGAUCGUUUAUGGCGUAAGACUCGAAGUAAAACAAUUAUUCCUCUUUGUUAUGGUGCUGAUCCAAAUCGUAAUUGGGAUUAUGAAUGGUGUAAAGGUGGUGCAUCACAUGAUCCAUGUUCAGAUACAUAUUGUGGUAGUAAACCAUUUUCUGAAAUUGAAACAAAACAAGUUUCAAAUUUUAUUGGUGCUAAUAAUGAUAGUAUUGUACACUAUAUUAAUUUUCAUUCAUAUUCACAAUUAUGGAUGUCACCAUGGGGUUAUACAACUAAACCACCAAAUGAUUUCAAAUUACAAGAUGAUGGUUCUGCUCAAGCUGUAGAUGCACUUGGUGCUGUUUUUGGUACUCAAUAUGAUCAUGGUAACAUUGGUGCAACUAUAUAUAUUGCUUCUGGUAAUACAGUUGAUUGGACAUAUGGUACAGCUAAAGUAAUGUUUAGUUAUGCUGUUGAGCUUCGAGAUACUGGUGAAUAUGGAUUUUUAUUACCCGAAGAUCAAAUUGUUCCAUGUGGCCAAGAAACAUUAGCUGGUGUAUUGGCUUUAUUGAAAUAUAUUGAACAACAUGUUUAUGCAUAA